GGCGGGCAGUGGAAGCUCCAAGUGGCGGCUUUUACUCAUCGCCACCACCACUCCCCGCCGAGCCCUGCCGCUUCUCCUUUCUAGCCCAUAUCUUGAGCUUUCCUCAAUCUCAUCUACCGCCAAUAUAAAAUUAGAAGCCCAUGACCACGGUCUCGUUUCCCAUGAUCAUCAGAAGAUUGUUCUUCCAUUCCCCUUUUCCUCUUCGCCGCUUUCUCUCGCACCAUCACACUUCGCCCAGAAGACACUCACCCUUUGCCCUUUUCGUCUCGCACUGCUGCCCUCUCUCGUCUGUUUCUCCUCGAUCCAUUCACUCGCUCAAGGUCCUGGCCAUGGCCGAACAGUCCCAGAAGCCCACCACUUCACAGACUCACCACGAGCACACCAAUCGUCUAGCCGCCGAGCACAGCCCGUACCUUCUUCAGCACGCUCACAACCCGGUCAAUUGGUAUCCAUGGGGUGAAGAGGCCUUCGAGGAAGCUCGAAAGAGAGACGUUCCCAUCUUCUUGUCAAUUGGAUACAGCACAUGCCACUGGUGUCACGUGAUGGAGGUGGAAUCCUUUGAGAAUGAAGAAGUUGCAAAAUUACUGAACGAUUGGUUUGUUAGUAUCAAGGUGGAUCGAGAAGAACGGCCAGAUGUCGAUAAGGUAUACAUGACUUACGUGCAGGCUUUAUAUGGUGGUGGAGGUUGGCCUCUGAGUGUCUUCCUUUCACCAGAUCUGAAGCCCUUGAUGGGUGGAACUUAUUUUCCUCCAGAUGAUAAGUACGGAAGGCCAGGGUUUAAAACUGUGCUUAGGAAGGUGAAGGAGGCUUGGGACAAUAAACGAGACGUCCUUGUAAGGAGUGGUGCUUUUGCAAUUGAACAACUAUCAGAAGCCAUGUCAGCCAGUGCAAUUUCUAGUAAACUACCAGAUGGGAUUCCACACGAUGCACUAGAACUAUGUGCAGAGCAUCUUUCUGGAACGUAUGAUUCCAAGUAUGGCGGCUUUGGAUCUGCCCCCAAGUUCCCUAGACCAGUUGAGGUUCAGUUAAUGCUUUACUGGUCAAAAAAGUUGGAGGAAUCUGGGAAAUUGGGCAAAGCAAAAGAAACCUUAGAGAUGGUGUUGUUUAGCCUGCAGUGCAUGGCAAGAGGAGGCAUCCAUGACCACGUAGGAGGUGGUUUUCAUAGAUACAGCGUGGAUGAGUGCUGGCAUGUUCCACAUUUUGAGAAAAUGUUGUACGACCAGGGGCAGCUUGUGAAUGUUUAUUUAGAUGCCUUUUCAAUCACCAAAGAUGUUGACUAUGCAUGUAUGUCUCGGGAUAUACUUGAUUAUUUGAGGAGAGACAUGAUUGGACCCAAUGGAGAGAUCUUUUCGGCAGAAGAUGCUGAUAGUGCUGAGUCAGAGGGUGCAGCAAGAAAAAAGGAAGGUGCCUUCUACGUAUGGACCGGCCGUGAGGUUGAAGACACAGUUGGAGAGCAUGCAACUCUUUGCAAGGAGCACUAUUACAUAAAACCAUCAGGGAAUUGCGACCUCUCUAGAAUGAGUGAUCCUCACAAUGAAUUCAGGGGGAAAAAUGUUCUAAUAGAGAGAAAUAGUACUGCUGCGAUGGCAUCAAAAUUUGGUAUGCCUGUUGAAAAGUAUGUUGAGAUUCUUGGAACGUGUAGGCAGAAACUUUUUGAUGUGAGAUCAACACGGCCGCGGCCUCAUCUGGAUGAUAAGGUAAUUGUGUCAUGGAAUGGACUCGCGAUUUCAUCUUUUGCAAGAGCUUCUAAAAUCCUGCAGAGCGAACCUGAAGGGACUAAAUUUUACUUCCCCGUUGCUGGCUGUGAUCCAAAAGAGUACAUGAACGUUGCAGAAAAGGCGGCAUCAUUUAUCCGGAGGCACCUGUACGACCAGCAGAAGCGAAGGCUGCAACACAGCUUUAGGAAUGGCCCCGCUAAGGCCCCUGGGUUUCUUGAUGAUUAUGCUUUUCUAAUAUCUGGACUGCUGGAUAUCUAUGAAUGCGGCGGCCCAAUAUUUUGGCUGGUGUGGGCAAUUGAACUGCAAGACAUCCAGGAUGAAUUGUUUCUCGACAUAAAGGGAGGGGGGUAUUAUAAUACCCCCGGCGAGGAUCCUUCAGUUUUACUCCGAUUGAAAGAAGAUCAUGAUGGCGCUGAGCCGUCAGGGAACUCAGUAUCAGCGAUCAACCUCAUCAGACUCGCCUCCAUGGUCUCCGGCAAUAGGUCUGAUCGUUACAGGCAAAAUGCCGAACAUUUACUGGCUGUUUUCGAGAAGAGAUUGAAGGAUAUGGCUAUGGCCGUGCCUUUGAUGUGCUGCGCCGCGGACUUGGUUUCAGUCCCUUCCCGUAAGCAAGUCGUCCUGGUUGGGCCGAAAUCCUCCAGAGAGUUUGAAGACAUGCUUGCUACUGUUCAUUCACUCUAUGAUCCCAACACAACUGUAAUUCAUGUCGACCCGACGGACCAGGAAGACAUGCAAUUUUGGGAAGAAAACAACAGCAACAUAGCGAGCAUGGCAAGGAACAGUAGCCUUGGUGGUGACAGCAGGAGGGUGGUGGCGGCUGCUCAUGUCUGCCAGAAUUUCACUUGCAGCCCUGCUGUUAGCGACCCGACAUCUCUCGCGGCUCUGCUCUCCCGUUCCACCAAACCUUCCUCCUCCUCCUCCUCCUCCUCCUCCUCCUAAAACUUGUGGUUUACUUGGGUCGUGGGCAUGGAAGCUCCGUGAUGAUGUGAUGUACAUGAUGAUGAUGAUCAAAUUGUCUUUAGGUCUGAUCAAAUUUUUCCGUCGUGAUGCACAAUCAAAAGUUUGAAUUCUUUAGAGAGAGAUGGACGCGGAGGGAGAAGUUGCCAUAAGAAGGUCAAGUAAUAAUUUUAUUUUUAUUUGAAUUAAUUAAUCAAAUUAAAUACAUUUAUUCACAUAGUUACAACUUACAAGAGAGAUAAUAAAGAUGCCCCCACUUAGAUAGUCCAGCAAUUGAAAUCGUA